UAUAGUUUAGUUUGACAAAGUAAUAGACUGCAGCGUCUUCAAAUAUUUGUGCUAUCAAUUAACCCUAAUGUCUGGUAGGGAAGAUCGUUAUUCACACUCGAAACGCCAAUACUCUAGGUUCGACCGUAAUCCCAGUCCUAAGAGAUCUAGGAGGGAUGGUAAACUGGAAACUGUAAGACAGCCGGCUGGUUCUGUUAUAGGUAAAGACUAUUUGGACAGGGAUCGUAAGGACUGCCUUCAGCUGAAGAAUGCAUCACCUCUUGAGGCCUUGUUGGGUAAGGAGGAUUCUAAGGUAGUAACCGGAGUUGUGAGUAAAGAAUCCAGAAACAAAACUGAUCGAUACUGUGAAGGCACCAAACAUUCUUCAAACCGAACUAAAUUACCUCACUCUAGAUCUUUUUUUCAGCAUUAUGGCUGUGGUAAUGCUGGGCAAUUUGGGCGAAGCUUCAGUCGGAGGGCAUCUACUGAGCGUGGAUGGUGGGGAGAUGCAAAGGAGCAGCUAAAUGAUGGGAUUAAAAAUAAAAACGUGGAGAGUGAUGCACAGCUGGAGGACCUGAAUACUAAAGAUAAUGGGAAAGGUAACCACACCGGGCAGCAUGAUGGGUACUACAGAAUUGAGGCAGAUCCCAAAGUACCUGGAGUUAAAAGACCUUCCUUUAGCGAGCAAAAGUUUCCCGCAGUUCCCAAGAAAACUCACAAAGCAGUAGCUGACCCUGGGAUUCUGAACCCUGAAGAUCAUGCCAUGGGAAGUGAAAAAGGAGAAGAGAGGCCUUACCUUUCGUCAUUUUGGAAAACGUGAAAGAGCAUUAGUAGAGGAGAGAAUAAGGGGGGAAGUGUUGAGAGGUAACUUUUCCUUGAAAGAGAAGUUUGAAGCUAAUGAUAAGUACGGUGGAACAAAUAUUCCAAGGCUGGGUUAUCCUAACUGGAGGCCAUGUUGAGAAGGACCAUGCUAGAUGUGCACACAAAUUUGUACAAAAAUUUUUAUUUACAUUCACAAUGAGGGUGGGGACCAUAAGCCAAUAUUUUUUAAAUUCAUGUAGGGUCCGCUUCUUUUAUGAGAGUGAAUAAUCCAUUUUGUCA